AUGGAUGAUCCCGAAGAUCUCUCUGAGAUUUUUGCUUAAGUGCAAGGUGUGGAUAAAAGAAUAUACUCUUUGAUAAUUUAGAUGCAAGAAAAAUAGAAUACUAGAGAUUGGAUGGGAUUUCUUUCAGAUUAUGAAAAUCUAAGACAUCUAGAAGAGUAGAUUUUACAAAAAGAGGAUUCAACACAAGAAGAAAAAGAAUAAAGGAUGGAUGUUAUGAGAAAUAACAUCAAACUAAUUCUUAAUGUCAUUGUAAAAAUUAAAGAUCAUGAUUUUAAUAAAUAAGACUAUUCUGAUUAACGAUAUUUGGAACAGAGACAGGAUCUAAUAAAAUGUAUAAGAGAAUAAAAGUAGAUCAUCAGAUUUCUGAAAUUCUUAGCACCACUCAGAGCCUAUGAUGAAAAUUUAAUACAAUGUGGAUCAAACUCACUAAAAUUUAUUAGUUAGUAUGAAAGUGGACAUUAGAAAUUAAAAUUUUGAAAACAUCAGAAUUAAGAAUAUUUCUUUAUUCGGAACUAAUUUUUUAAGUGCAACUUAAGCGGGUCAUAACUAGAUAAUGUAGACAUAAAUGGAAUGAAUUUAAAGGGAUAUUUAUUGCUUAAUUGGGCGAGAUAAAUAAAUUAGACGGCCAUACUGAUAGUGUUUAUUCAGUAUGCCUCUCUCCUGAUGGAAUUAUAUUAACAUCUGGCAGUAAUAAAAAAAUUUUUUUAUGGGAUCUUAAGACAGGACAAUUUACAUUAGCAUCUGGUAGUAAUAAUACAACUAUUCGUUUAUGGGAUGUUAAGACAGGAUAGUAAAAGAUCAAAUUGGAUGGUCAUAGGAAUUCAGUCAACUCUCACCUGACGAUACUAUAUUAGCAUAUGGUAGUAGUGAUAACUCUAUCCGUUUUUGGGAUGGAAAAUCAGGAAAAGAAAUUCAAUCUUAGGAUAAAAAUUAUAAAGAUAUUUAUAAUUAUUUUAAGACUCCUUUUAUAGAAAACACUCCUCAUCCAGGUUUUAAUUUAAACAUUUUUAGGCACUACUAAUCUAAAUAUUUAAAUGAUAUCCUAAUAAGCUAUUUUUAAACAUAGGACGCUUUAAUCUUGA